AUGUCGCUGACGGUCAAUGCCGCGGACGGCGUGGACAACAAUGACGAUGAUGCGGGCCGUCGUCGCGAAAGACCCUGGCUUCUCCCAUCGAAUCGCAAGCUCCGCCAUCUCCAGGGCAUCUCCGUCCGUAAUCUUGCUGUCACUCCUUUGAGCCGGGCUCGUGGGAAGACCAUCGACGAUGAGGACAUCCCCAACUCAUUCCAGUCGCCAUCCAAGCUGCUAGCGAAUGAUGCGAAUCGUUCUCUACAACAGUCCAGAUCCUUCACCAAUCUCAAAGCCCCCGGCGCGGCCGGCGAGAGCCGCACGCGCAAUGAACCGCCGCCGCCGCAGAAGACCCGACCACAGACCCGGCGCAACACCUUGCCAUGGAGCGAUCCCAACCCACUAGCCAGACAGAUCAAAUUGGAAGACAUCUUGAAGGGUCGCAUGGCCGAUACGUGGUUUUCGUUACAUUGCGAGGGGAUCACGGAUCCCGUCUACAUUAGCGAAGUGGUGGAGAAUGCGACAAAUCCCAACUUCAGGUCGUUCGAUCUGAACAUAUGUGGACCUCUCGUGACGCGACUGAACAAUUUGACCCUCAAGCUCUGGGCGAAAAGCGUAGCAAUGGAGGAUUACCUGCUGUUAGUGGAACUGCAGCUGAAUCUGCAGUCGCUUCAGUUCCUCGGCAAGUCGCUGGAUAGCUUUCACCAACCGCUACCCCCCAAUUCCAUCCUGUUUCAUUUUCCAGAUGGUGUGUACACUAAUCUGACCGACAUCCCGCCGGUUUGGACGCCCCUACCUGCAAAGAGUCCUAAAUCCUCUGAUGCGCAUACUUUGCCCACCUCGUCCUACGAUAUGUUGAUGCGGCUGGCGAAUCUGGACGAGUGCAUCCAAGAUGCACUCACGACGCGGGAAAAGCUUGAAGCUCAAAUCAGUUCAGUCUUGGAAAAGAAUCAACAAGCCCUCGCGAUUAUCAGCGACGCGGCGCGGGCUCGCGAUAAGCUCGCGCUCACCAAUCAUGCAGUGGCUUCCGAAAAGAAACAGCUUCGCAUGGCCGCGAAACGGAAAGAAGAGCUGCUGGCUAGCAUUCGGACGCGGAAGGCUGCAAUGGAGCGCGGACGCGAGGCCCAAGACCGGGCCCGCAGUCAUCUGCCCGAUGCGCAGCAGAACCUCGGCUCCAGCCAAAAGCUGCUGGAGCAGAAUACAGAGGAGGCGAAGGGGCAGAUCCGGCGCAUAUCUGAGGACUUGCUCGCAGUAUACCCCAUUGAGCCGAUACCUGACAAGCCACUUGCGUUUACAAUUGCCGGUCUGGCUCUCCCCAACUCGAACUUUACCGAUAUCGACCGGGAUGCGGUGGCCGCUGCGCUGGGGUACACGGCCCAUCUAGUCUAUUUGCUUUCUUUUUACCUGUCUGUUGCCAUACCAUACCCGAUCAAUCCUCAUCUCUCCCACUCAAUCAUUCAGGACCCGGUGUCUGCCUCACUUCCUCAACGAACUUAUCCUCUCUAUCCUGUUAAUGUCACAUACCGGUUCGAGUACGGCGUGUUCCUGCUGAACAAGAAUAUCGAGUUCUUGCUGAACAAGCAAGGUUUACGCGUGCUGGACAUCCGUCACACCCUCCCGAACUUGAAGUAUCUCCUGUACGUCCUCACUGCGGGGACAUCAGAGGUCCCCGCGCGAAAGGCCGGUGGCAUCCGCGGCCUCCUCCCAGGCCGUCUGACACCCAGUCUAUCGCGGCGGGGAAGCGCGGACAGCACUGAGUCCUUCUUUUCCCGGAAAGUCCUACACUCGAUAUCGAAAUCCAAUGGCGAUAUCACCCCGGACAAGGGGAAGAAGACUGUCCCUCCUUUUGCCAAUGGGUCUCCGUCGUCCCAAGUGGUCUGA